UGCUACAUCCAUUGUGUACAGAUGCAAACAGAAGGGGACUCAGAAGCCUUAUGCUCUCAAAGUGUUAAAGAAAACAGUGGACAAAAAAAUCGUAAGAACUGAGAUAGGAGUUCUUCUUCGCCUCUCACAUCCAAACAUUAUAAAACUCAAAGAGAUAUUUGAAACCCCUACGGAAAUCAGUCUGGUCCUGGAACUUGUCACAGGAGGAGAGCUGUUUGACAGGAUUGUGGAAAAGGGAUAUUACAGUGAACGAGAUGCUGCAGAUGCUGUUAAACAAAUCCUGGAGGCCGUUGCUUACCUCCAUGAAAAUGGGAUUGUCCAUCGUGAUCUCAAGCCAGAAAAUCUCCUCUAUGCAACUCCAGCCCCAGAUGCACCACUCAAAAUUGCUGAUUUUGGACUCUCCAAAAUUGUGGACCAUCAAGUGCUCAUGAAGACGGUGUGUGGAACCCCAGGGUAUUGCGCACCUGAAAUUCUUAGAGGCUGUGCCUACGGACCUGAGGUGGACAUGUGGUCUGUGGGGAUAAUCACCUACAUCCUACUUUGUGGAUUUGAACCAUUCUAUGAUGAAAGAGGUGACCAGUUCAUGUUCAGGAGAAUUCUGAAUUGUGAAUAUUACUUUAUCUCCCCCUGGUGGGAUGAAGUAUCUCUAAAUGCCAAGGACUUGGUCAGGAAAUUAAUUGUUUUGGAUCCUAAGAAACGGCUGACUACCUUCCAAGCUCUCCAGCACCCAUGGGUCACAGGCAAAGCAGCCAAUUUUGUACACAUGGAUACUGCUCAAAAGAAGCUCCAAGAAUUCAAUGCCCGACGCAAGCUUAAGGCAGCAGUGAAGGCCGUGGUGGCCUCCUCCCGGCUGGGCAGCGCCAGCAGUAGCCAUGGCAGCAUCCAGGAGAACCAGAAGGCCAGCCGAGAGCCAUCUCCAAUCCACGAUGGCAGUGAAGCUGUUGUUGAAGCUGUUCCAAAAGAGAAAGUUAAAAAAGAUGGAGCCCAAGUGGCAGCUGAGAUGGCAGAGGCUGAGCUGAGGAAGAGUUGGGCUGAAGAAGAAAAUCAAGAUGCUGAUACAAAGGAUGCUGAGGCCAACUUGAUGGUGCCCAAGGCACUAGAGGAUGGGACAGAGGUGGCUGACCCAGAAGUAAAGGAGGGCCCAGCAGAGGAGCAGCUGAACAUUGUGGAGGAAGCAGCAGACCCUGAAAAAGAGCAAGAAGAGCCUAAAGAGCCUGCUCUGGGAUUUGGAGCUGAGCAGAAUGAUGUGGUCCUGCCGGAGCACUAAGCUGGCUUCCUUCCAAUCUGGAAGCCAACUCCUGGUACUUUAUACAUUUCGUUCUUCAGCAAGGAAGGUGUGGAAGCAUGACAUGCGCUAUAGUGAUUCUGUUUUUGAGGUGCAAAAAAAUAUAUAUAUAUCAGUUGGUAAUCCUAACUUCAAUGCAUGUGACUGCUUUAUGAAAAAUAGUGUCUUCUAUGGUAUGUAGUGGAUACUUAAUACCGAUGAGAGUUAAAUUUGAAACUAUAAGUAAACACAUUUAAAAACAUGCAUUUUCAGGGACCAGGAGCACACAUUUGAAGUAAAUAUUAACCAAUGGUUUUUGCUUUGAAAACCUAACCAUCAGUACCCUUUGGAUUUCUUCACAAGGCAAUCAUCUCUUUGGACUGUUCCUCAGCCAGUAGUAGGUAGUGCUCUAAGAUGUAUUUCUAUGACAUUCACAUUUUACUUAUCAUCAGUGUGUUUCAAGUGUUUACAAGGAGAUGGUUAUACUUUAUAGUUGUAUGGCAUGUGCAAAAAUAUCCACAACGGUAAGAAACUGAAGCAUACUUUAAGGGCCAUGAAACCAUAUG